AUCUGUCUCAUUCCCCACGCUACAUUCUCUCAGUUAUGUUGCUCUGUCCUGCCUUUCCUUUCAUUCAUCUUGAAACAAUUGCUGCAUUUCUCUCUCUGGUCCUCUGUCUCUGCUUCCUUUGUUUUUCUGGCUCCCUUUCUGUUUCCAAGAGGAGAAGAUAACUUAAUGCAUUUGUGUCUCACUGAGGACAGUAAUUGACUCUCCUUUUCUGUGACCACUGUCUGACUGGAUAUGCAUUUGGAUUUUCACUGCACAAGUUGAUUUGGGCUUUGAACUUUUUUGGAGGAGCAGACUUCUCACCGUCACAAGGACGCCACACUUGACCCAAAAUCUCUCUCCUGAGCAACAGUUGCUGGACAUUUCCACAGCAACUGCUGUAACUAUGGAGUGCAGGCAUGGGGCAGAAACCGGGCAAAAAACGAAUACAGUGUUUUCAUGAGAGCGGGGCCGCAGAGAGUUGAAAGGGGAACGACGAGUUCAACUUUGGAUAACGCCAAUAGAUUAAGAAGAGUGAAAUUAUCAAAGAAGGAACAGUGUGAUGGAUGGGAACGUUUUUUUCCUGCUGAGGUGUUUUCGGUGGCAUGUUCAUUCAUCAUACAAGUAGACAGUGGUGUCAACACAGCUGAAAAAGGCCUUUCUUUGUGGAUUUCUGCUUUUGGAAGUCACUGCUGGAGUCAAAAUUAGACACAGAGAAUGUGUGUGCGUGUUUAGUAUUUGUGUGUUGUGAGGCUGUACGUGCUGUCGUGUGAGCACCUUAGUUAUUUAUAUCACUGCUACGCCCACAUGUUGUCCAUGAUGCGUGGCUGUGAAGCUGCAAGCUGUCUAUCUGUCCUCAGUGGAGACAGACACAGGGAUGGACAGACAUGUGUCUCCGUGGCGACAAGUGGGUGUAACCCCUUCCCCAUGUGCUGGGACAGAGAAUAUGACAGACACCUAGCAGCAGCAGUGUCAGCAGGGAAAACCAUGGCAAUGGCCUACAUGGACCCAAACCUCAAUCAUGCACUUCUAGGAGGCGCCAAGUCACGGCUGAGUGCAGGUGGUUCGGACCGAACCAUGGCUGUUGGGUCCAUGGACAGGGUUUUGAAGGUCUUUCAUUACUUUGAGAGCAACUCUGAACACAGCUGCUGGUCAUCCAAUAUACGAUAUGGAGAUGCAACCGAUGUCCGGGGAAUAAUUCAGAAGAUUCUAGACAUCCACAAAGUGCGAUGGACGUCCUGCUUCGGCCUGCGUCUCAGCAGCAGCCAGUCAAGAGACCAGGUGCACUGGCUCCACCCUGAUAUGGGCGUUACUCACAUCAGAGAGAAAUAUGAGCAGGCACGGCCAAACGAGGAGUGGAGAUAUGACUUAAGGAUCCGAUAUCUUCCAAAGGGCUUUAUGCAGCAGUUUACAGAAGACAAACCCGCACUGAACUUCUUCUACCACCAGGUAAAGAAUGACUACAUGACAGAGAAUGGGGAUCAAGUGGAACAAGAUGUAGCUCUCAAACUGGGAUGCCUAGAAAUUAGGAGGUUCUUCAAAGAGAUGAGAGGAAAUGCCCUGGAUAAGAAAUCUAACUAUGAGCUGCUGGAGAAGGAUGUUGGUUUGCGGCGUUUUUUUCCAAAAGAUCUGUUGGAUUCAGUCAAGGCUAAAAGUCUACGAAAGUUGAUUCAGCAGACAUUUAAGCAGGUAGCUAAUCUCAAUGACGAGCAGUGCAUCCUGAAGUUCUUGGAGAUUCUUGCACCAAUCUACCGCUAUGACAAGGAGUGUUUUAAAUGUGCCCUGGGGUCCAGCUGGGUGAUUCAGGUGGAGUUAGCUAUUGGGCCAGAGGAAGGGAUCAGCUACCUCACUGACAAGGGAUCCACACCCACCCAUCUAGCUAACUUCAACCAGGUUCAGAGCAUCCAGUACUCUGCCAUGGAGGAGAAAGACAGGAAAGGCAUGCUGCAGCUCAAUGUGGCAGGUGCUGCUGAGCCCCUCACAGUUACCACAGCAUCGCUGACCAUGGCAGAGAACUUGGCUGACUUGAUUGAUGGUUAUUGUCGGCUCUUCUCCAUGGAAACUCACUCCUUCAUAGUCAGGGUUCAGAAAGAGGGAGAGAGAGCACUGCCGUCCAUCCCAAAACUGUCUAAUAAUGAGAAGAAGUUAGAAGCAGUCAGAAGCGGCGUAAGAGCGAUCUCUGUGUCAGACCUAGUGACAUCAACACCGCCUAAGCCAACCAAGGCGCGGCGUUUCCUCCUCCCCUUUGUCUUCUGUUCAGAUUCGCCACCCAAUGAAGAUCUUAGUGGGGAUGAGACUGAUGACUAUGCUGAGAUAGUUGAUGAAGAGGACACGUACACCAUGCCCUCCAUGAGCUAUGGAGUAGUUGAAGCUCGGGACUAUGAGAUUCAAAGAGACAGGAUAGAACUUGGUCGAUGCAUAGGAGAGGGUCAAUUUGGAGAUGUACAUCAGGGAAUCUACAACAGCCCGGAUAAACCAUCUCUGGCUGUUGCUAUUAAAACCUGUAAGAACUGUACAUCGGACAGUGUCAGGGAAAAGUUCCUACAAGAAGCAUUGACAAUGCGGCAGUUUGACCACCCUCACAUUGUCAAACUGAUCGGAGUCAUCACAGAGAACCCGGUGUGGAUCAUCAUGGAGCUCUGUACUCUUGGAGAGCUGCGCUCAUUCCUACAAGUGAGGAAGUACAGUCUGGACCUGGCCACUCUCAUUUUGUUUGCCUACCAGCUGAGUACAGCCCUGGCCUAUCUGGAGAGCAAACGCUUUGUACACAGAGAUAUAGCUGCACGCAAUGUGUUGGUCUCUUCAGUGGACUGUGUGAUGCUUGGAGACUUCGGUCUGUCACGAUACAUGGAGGACAGCUCGUACUACAAAGCUUCUAAAGGGAAACUUCCUAUUAAAUGGAUGGCUCCUGAAUCUAUCAACUUUAGAAGAUUCACCUCUGCCAGUGAUGUCUGGAUGUUUGGCGUGUGUAUGUGGGAAAUCUUGAUGUAUGGCAUCAAGCCCUUCCAGGGGGUGAAGAACAAUGAUGUGAUUGGGAGGAUAGAGAACGGUGAGCGACUGGCUAUGCCUCCUCAGUGUCCACCCACACUCUACAGUCUGAUGACCAAAUGCUGGUCGUACGACCCCAGCAAGCGGCCACGAUUCACUGAACUCAAAACACAACUCAGUACCAUUCUGGAGGAAGAGAAGCUUCAACAGGAAGAAAGACUUCGAAUGGAAAUGAGGAGACAAGUCACCGUGUCCUGGGACUCUGGAGGGUCUGACGAAGCACCACCUAAACCCAGUCGACCUGGUUACCCGAGUCCUCGAUCCAGUGAAGGCUACUUCAGCCCACAACACAACCACUUUCCACCAUCAGCCCAUGGUGGUGUUGGAGGAGUAGGAGGCAGCUACCCUCCUUCUGAUUCCUGGAAUCAACACAGACCUGAACACACUGCUCUGUGGAGCCCGAACAUCGAGGAUGGUGGAUGUGUUGGCCAAGCUAUGAUGGAGGAGAGGCUGAUGAUGCAGCAACAGCAGAUGGAGGAUGACCAGAGAUGGCUGGAGCAGGAGGAGAGCUUCAUGAAGACAGAGUCCAGGAACAGCAGAGGAAGCAUCGACCGAGAGGAUGGCUCACUACCAACACCGGGUGGAAGUCAUCAUAUCUACCAGCCUGUAGGGAAGCCAGAACACGUGGCCCCUCCUAAGAAGCCGCCCCGUCCUGGAGCUCCAGGCCACCUCGGCAACGUGGCCAGUCUCUGCCCUGUGGACAGCUACAAUGAGGGGGUGAAGCUGCAGCCUCAGGAGAUCAGCCCGCCUCCCACCGCCAACUUGGAUCGUUCAAAUGAUAAAGUUUACGAAAAUGUCACAGGCUUGGUUAAAGCUGUGAUUGAGAUGUCCAACAGGAUUCAGCCUGCAGCUCCUGAGGAGUAUGUCCCAAUGGUCAAGGAGGUGGGUCUCGCACUAAGGACACUACUAGCAACAGUGGAUGAGACAAUUCCUGUGCUGCCAGCCAGCACACACAGAGAGAUUGAGAUGGCUCAGAAGUUGCUCAACUCUGACCUGGCAGAGUUAAUAGCAAAGAUGAAACUGGCCCAGCAGUAUGUCAUGACAAGUUUACAAAAAGACUACAAGAAACAGAUGCUAAUGGCAGCUCACGCUCUAGCAGUUGAUGCCAAGAACUUGCUGGACGUCAUUGACCAAUCACGACUGAAGAUGAUCACUCAGACCCGCCUACAUUAGCCCAGGAUUCAAUCAAGCACGGGGGUUUGUGGGAGAGAGUUUUUGUUACUAUGGAGGCAGGGUGCAAUAGCCAAUCAUGGAAGGAGGAGUACAUUGAGUUGAACACCGCUGAUGUUCCAGCAAAUUAACUGAUGAACAGCCGACACGACUAAAACAUUCAGCCCCAUCUUCUCUUCAGAUGCUCAAGACUCAUUUUCUCUAUCGAAGAAGCAAAUUUUCAGUCAGUGUUGUGUUGUUUUGCAUUGUUACAUUUUUCUUUUUUGUCCAGAGAGUCAAUCUUCUCUGCAAUUACAUAUUCUCAAAGACCAUUCAUUACUGCGCUUUAAGUGACUUAAGCAGCGAUCUUAGUGGCUCAUUUGAAGAAUGGCAGACAUGUUUUGGUGAAUGGAUGUGCCAAGAUUUUCCAUAUACACGCCUGACUUGUGCACCCCUCAUGCAGGAUGUAACAACUGGAAAAGAUGAGCCAGCGUGAGGAGGACAAUGAAGAUGAUGUUCUUUACACAUGUUUUUAUGUAAUUAUUACAAUUAUUAUUUUUUUUUAGCCUUGACUCUUACACUAUGUCUUUGUGGCAGUUUUUCAGUCUUCCUCCUGUACUUUGAUAUACUAAUGAAUUACAGCACAGCUGCUCAUAAUAUGAAAACUGACUUUUGAAGAACAAACUUAAAGUCUUUUUAUGGAAAAAUAUAAAACUGCCACAGGCCACUUUUUAAGUUAACAUCAUAGUUAGAGGGAAGCUAUAUUUUUAAAACAAUUUUGAGAUGUGGAUUAGUGAAUAGGUGACAGAGAUGAACUGAGGAGAGGGAAGGUUUUUUAAGGGGUGGGUUGCAAUGGAUGCGCUAAGUGUUCUGUUCAGGAGGCCACCAAAUGCCAAACAAACUACCAGAACACAUUUAAUUGUAAUUGCUAAAGAGUCAUAAUGGUUAUAUUAAUGCUUCAUGUUCAUUUUCUUCCAUUAAAUUAGUCUCAGUCUAAAUCUAAACAUUCUGUACAACAUUUCAGUUACAUCCCUUACUCAGAUUUUCCUUUGAGUUUAUGGAGACUGGAUUUUCAAACACUGAAGUAUUAUCAAUAUUAAUAUGUUUUUACACCAUCUGUAAAGUUGAAGUGUGACUCUUUUAAACCCAGUAACAGAUUCACACCCAGGACUUGCUGUGGGUUGAGGACUAGUGCACAUGCCUUGUUAAUAGGGUUUAUGAUUUAAAGUAUUUAUGUCCAAUUUAAUAUGCUUCUCUAUUUUCCCCAUUCAGUCUUCACAGAUUUCUUCCUACAUAUUUAUAUCUUCCUUCACUAAAGUUAUUUAUAUCUUUUCUCCUUCUACUCCAUCACCCAUACAUGUCUAAUAUUUCUCACUGUUAUCCAUUCCUUCAUCAGGUCUGUUUCUCCCCCUCUAUUUUUCUCUAUUCCACUGUUCCCUCUCCUCUCAGGUGAGCAGUAUUCUCAGGAAGGAGUCACAUGUACAGUUGCUAAACUCAGCAAAUAAAACACUGUUAUUAUUAA